AUGCUUCAAGACAGCUGCUUCAAUUCUUGUAGUUUAAUGAAAAAUCCUUUUCACUGUGUGGAAAGAGAUCUGAGUUCAAAUCUCAGCAAGAAUAUGUUCUUUUUCUGGAAGCAUGAUCUUGUACAAAAAUUGGGUGAACAAUUCAGGAAAACCUUCCAGAAGAUAAAAACUCUUCCUGCAAUAUUCACAGAUGUUCCCUUCAUUGCUUUAAGUGGAACACUUACAUGUAAACAGAUACAUAAAUUACCAUCUACAAUUGGACUUGCCAAUCCUGUCAUUAUUCAAGAAAGCCCAGAUCGAAAAAAUAUUUUUCUGAAGAAAAUUGAAAAGAUUAAAGAUACUGAUGAUAAAGAAGUAAUGAAUACUACAAUUGAUGACCUACACAAACAAAGUCCAAGAAUAAGAUUAGUUUUGACUUCCUCAGUAGCAGGAAUGGGGUUUGAUCCCCCAAGUGUUGUGAGAAUUAUACAUGCCCAACCACCCCGCAAUCUCUCACAAUACUUGCAAGAAAUUGGGAGAGCAGGCAGAAGAGACCAAAGUAGCACGGCUACUCUUUACUACAACAAAAGAGACAUUGCAAAAAAUCUGCCUGGUAUCCAGGAUGACAUAGUAGAGUAUUGUUCCACCAACAAUAAAUGUCUUCGUGAAAUGCUUCUAAAAACUUUUGGUUUUUCCAAAUCAUGUAACAUUCCUGCAGAGAAAUGCUGUUCUUUUUGUUUGGACGAGGAGUUGAAAAAAUUAGCUGAAUCUGGAGCAUUUGAUGAAAAUGUUCAGAUUAUAUAA